AGCAUUGAACAGUUCCAGCUCCAAGAUGGCGUUGUUAGCAUUGCUUUUGUUGUCAUUGACAGUAAAUUCGGCUUUUUCAGCAAGGAUUGCUGCCUUUUGCACGAUAGGAAAAUCCCAGUACAUGAACUUAAGGAGUGUUCUGGAAGAAAUGGCCUCUCGAGGACAUGAGGUAAUUAUGGUCAUUCCGUCAACUCUGAAAGUUCAGCUCAGUAACAGAGUGCAACACAAGAUUUUCCAAGUACCAUAUAAGCCCGGUUUUCUGGAAAAUGAAUUGCUGAGGUUAGAAUUAGAAGGUAACAAGUUUCAGCUGCUGUCCAAAUUGAUGCAAGUGCUACCUACCAUGUGUGAUAGUGUUUUAAACGAUACAAAGAUUAUGGAGGAACUAAAAGGCUUUGAUCUUCUUCUGUACGAUUUCCUUGGAGUAUGUGGUGCCCUUAUUGGUGAUCGCCUUGGUAUUCCAAGGAUACAAGUGGUGCCUAAGCCCAAUAACCCUUUGGACCAUAUGGUACCCACACCACUUUCCUAUAUCCCAAUAAUGAUACUUCCCGCCGGAUUCACGGACAAAAUGACAUUUUUGCAACGAGUUGCCAAUGUAGUCGCAUACAUUGGAAUGCGCUUGCUCAAAGACAUUAUCUUUGCAAGGCCAAUGGCUGCCUUGAAACUGAGAUACAACAUCACAACUGAAAGAAGCUACCAGGAGACUGUUGAUGGCACGGAACUUGUUUUAAUCAGAGCAGAUUUUGCAAUAGAGUACGCCCAGCCUCUUUUGCCAGGGAAUAUAAUGGUUGGACCAUUGAGUGUUAAGGAAGGUAAACCACUCCCCCCUGAUCUAGAAGACUUCGUCACUAAUGCGGGAGGGGAUGGUUUUAUUAUUGUUUCCUUUGGAUCAAACUUGGCCUCGAUUCUUCCAAGAACAGUUGUGGACAUGUUAGCGACAGCAUUUGGAAAGCUGAAACAGCGAGUUGUGUGGAGACUUAAAGGUUACAUUCCAUCCUUCUUGGGAUCUAACAUCAAAGUAGUGGAGUGGUUACCUCAGAAUGAUCUCUUGGCUCACAAGAAUAUUAAAGCUUUUGUCUCACAUGUUGGACACAACAGCCUUUAUGAGUCGGCAUACCACGGAGUUCCUUUGGUGGCUUUUCCUCAAUUUGCAGACCAACACUAUAAUGCCAAACAUGCAGAAAAUUUGGGUAUUGGUUUGGCUGUGGAUCCUAAAGGAUAUACUGCUCAGGAUCUUUUCGACACAAUUCAACGCGUUAUUAGUGAGCCCAGAUUUAAAACCAAAGUGCUACACAUCUCUAGCCUGUUAAAGGAUCGUCGACAAACACCUUUAAAAGAAACCGGUGAUUGGCUGGAGUAUGUAAUUAGACACAAAGGGGCACAGCACCUCAGAGCCCAAGUGUUUAACAUGCCAUGGUACCAACACCACUUACUCGACGUCGUAGCAUUUCUUGUUACCAUAAUAACAUUAGUUUUCGUGGUGCUUUGGUUUACGUGUAGAUGCUGUUGUCGUUUGUGUUGCAAACUGACUGAAAGCAAAGCUAAGAAAGAAUAGAUCAAAGAAACACUAGCCUGAUUGCCCUGGGGGCCUGAUUGCUAUUUCAAAAGUGAUGAUGAGCGUAUCAUUACGGAGACAUUGAGGUUUCGAAAUGUAGUCUGUUAGAUGGAAACAUCAUUUUUGUAGCAGUUAUUCCAUUUUCCAUAUGGCAAGUUCUGUCUCGCGCGCUCUUUCAUUGAAAAACAUUGAAAAACGCCGGAGCCGUUCACGUUGACGCAGUUUCCCCUUUCAAUUAAUAAGUAGAACUGGUCACCUCAGACGACCACCACAAACCGUAUAAUAUUAUCCAAACUUUAAUGAUUAUUCGAUCUAAGAGAAAUACAUUUGUAAUUCGAAAUCAGAAAACGCAAAUUUAGUCUUAAUUUCGAGGAAAAAUUCAAGAAAACGUGACUGGAAACUUACUUAUGUGGCGGGUCGUAGAAACAGGUUUCUCACUUCGAUCGAUCAGGUUAGCGGAUUCGGGUAAGCGAACAGAUACAAAAAUCGACUUCUCUCUCUUACUGAUUUUUCUGAAAAACUGGUUUAAAUCACGAGAAGCUAACCUUUUAAAUCAUUGUGAGGAAUUAAUGUCAAUCAUGAGUUGUAUUAAUUAAAUUAUAUCUGUCAUCAUA